UUCCUCUACAACUGCACACUUUUUAUUCCAAAUUUUUUACACCCAAGUUCAUUUUGCUUCACAAAGGCACCUUCGUAACACUAAUCAUUUGCCUUAGACAAGGUUCCGAAAUCAUGAAGAGUAAAAAAACUGCCAACGAUUGAAAGAUCAAACCUAUAGAUUUCUUAUCAGUUAAAUCGAAACUUAGUGUCAUAGGCAAUAUUAGAUAGCGGAAAUAUUGCGACCUGGCUGAGUAAUAUGGCCGGUAGCAUCUGCCAAAACUGUAUGAAAUUUCAUUAAGUUUAUUUACAGACUAAUGCAAGCAUGUUUCCUAUUGGUUUGUACAGUGCAUUACACUCCACAUUACUUUAUGCAAAUCUCUUAGUAAAAGCACUGGACUUUCUUUGCUCUGAAUUUUCAGACACUGUUUUUCAAGGUAAAUCAUAGCAACCGCGAGCUUGUAGUCAAAGAUUAUGUCUCACGGAAAUAUCACAGAAUUCCGAGGCAAUAAUGAAUCCGAUUUUGAUAUCGCUUGUGACGAUCUUAACCACACUUCUUCGGUAAUUGGAAAAACUGUCGGCUUUGCUUUUCUCUUUAUAACAUCUCUCAUGGGCAACACAAUGGUGGCUAUUGUGGUCUACAGUGGCCGAAGGAUGAAAACAACCGUGAAUUUUAUGAUUGUAAACAUGGCUGUUUCGGAUCUCUUGAAUACUAUCCUCGUUGUUCCGAAGAGUAUCAUGUUCAUAUUUACCUAUCCAGGUGCAUGGUUCAUUACUGGAGAGAUUGGUGAUGCCUCCUGCAGAAUAGUUCACUUCUUACAAGACAUUACAGUUGCCGUCUCUCUACUGAGCCUCCUGAUGAUUGCAAUUGAGCGUUUCUAUGCCAUUUCUUGUCCUGUCGUGGCGAACCCCAUUCCAGAUAAGAAGUGUGUAUUUAUGAUACUUUCCACUUGGUUCGUGGCGUUUCUCAUGUACAUCACAGAUUUGCUAUCGUUCAGGUUGGCUUACGUCGAGGAGGAAGGAUCAAUUUGUUCCCAUAGUUGGGAGAGUCUGGUGGCAGAUCCAGGUAAAGCCACCACAAUUGAGUUCCUUUUGCAUACAAAUCUGGCCUUGAUAAUCCCAUUUAUCAUUGUAACCGCUCUCUAUUCAAUAAUCCUUGGCAAAAUUAGACGCAUAUCUGUUCCAGACGAAGUAAGUUCCGUAGCAUUAAACCGUCGACGGAAGCGUAACCGAAAUGUACUUUUUAUAUUGCUUGCAGUGGUUAUAGCGUUCGGCAUUUGUUGGUUUCCGUUCAUAAUCUACACAUAUAUAGUUACUUUCGGUUAUAUCAACAAGGACCAACACAGCAUUCCUUGUGGGUUGGAAAUCUAUGGGGAAAUAGCAUUGUUUAUGGCGUAUCUGCAGUCAUCUGUGAACCCCACCAUUUACUUCACGUUCAGCGAAAAUUAUAGACAAGGGCUUAGAAGGCUCAUCCGCCACUGCUUAAUACUCUCCUCUAACAAAUCAUUAAGUUUAAAUAAAAAUGAGACACAGUCGAUGAAGAGGACCAAACGCAGAUGUUGGCCUGGCAACGGAGUGGUUCAAUGUCCAAAUGUGGAAUUACUCAAUUUCGACAAAUUGUGAUUUAUAAUAACAAUUGUAGAGCAGCAUAUUUAAGGAGAAAAUCUCUUUCAAUAAAUCCUUGUUUGUUCAUCUGCAAUCUCCCGUGGAAAAGAUAGAAGAGAGGUUAAAAUGGAAGCUAUGAUUGGAAAAAAGCCAUCAGAAUGAUUGAAACAUUGAACAUAGCAUUUAUGAAACUGUACU